AUGGAUUCUUUAGAAUGGUUUAAGAAAAUAAGAGCAACUGUAGGUGAUGAUCUUUAUUAUGUUAUAAAAAGUAAAAUGCAAAUAGAGCAAUAUUCAGUUAAUGAAAUUCUGACAAAGAUUGGAGACAAGGGAAAUAAGUUUUUUGUAAUUCUCAAGGGAUAGGUUGGGGUUUUUGUAAAAAAUGAAGAUCAAUUGACAAUGAUUAAUGUAUGUAAAGAAGGUGAAGGAAUGGGAGAACUUUCAAUAAUAUCAAAUAAGGCAAGAAUGGCAACAUUAAUCUGUUUAACUGAUUGUGUCAUUUCUACUUUAACAGCAUCUCAAUAUAAACGAUAUAUUAUGUAGAAUGAUAUAUAUAGAAUAAAUAAUCUAGUAGCUUUAUGUGAUAAAGUGAGCAUAUUUGAUUCUCUUAACAGACCAGCAAAAAUUAUGUUGAUGUUAUGUAUGAAUGAAGUUGAAUUUAUAAGAAAAUAGAUAAUAUACAAAUAAGCUUAAUAAGCUAAGAAUUUGUAUAUUAUANUAUAGAUAGCAUAUUCUAUUAUUCUAAAAAUCAUCUAAUAAAUGAAUAUACUUAAAAAAUCUAAAUUAUGGAUGUAAUAUUAUGAUGAUAGCUAUUAUAAUACAGAAAAGAAUGAAUUAAAAUAAUGUAUAUUUAGAUUGUAGACAACCAAAUUAGACAAGAAUGGCAAUUGUAAUAAAUUAUUUCUAGAGGGAUAAAUCUUUGAAAUAUUAAAAAUAGCAAAAAUAUAGUUAAAUUAGGCAUCCAAAUAGAUAAGAUUAUAAGAAUUGCCACAAAUAACCAAUGUUCAUGAAUUAAGAACCUUACUAUAUAAUAUUCUAGUGAGAAUGAGUCCUUUUAAUUUGUAAAAAAACUAAAAAAAGGAGUGCGAAUUCAGCAAUGAUACAAAUAAUAUUCAACAAAUGUACCAUAAAUUGGUUAUAUUAAUUCCACAAUCAAUUAGAAAAUUACAUACUUUUAAUGAACCAUUAUCUCAGAAUGAAUAAACUGUUGAUUUUGUUUCAAGACUUCAAAUUUUUAUUAAAUCUAUAGAUUUUUGGUUUCAGAUAUUUAUUUAUCAAGCAUAAAAUUUGGAUUAGUUCUUGAAUCUUGAAACAAGACUUAGAAAUUUAAUCAUUAUAUUUUAAUAUUAAUAUGGAUUCUUUAGAAUGGUUUAAGAAAAUAAGAGCAACUGUAGGUGAU